CGGGGCGCGGCGACGCCGGCGCCGGCAGGUCCCGUGACAGCGCCCCGCCCCGGCCGCCGGCAUGCAGCGCCCCCCGGUGCUCGUCACUUCCAGGCGAGUGCAGAAUGUCCACACGGGCCUGGACCUGGCCGUGCCGCAGCACCAGGAGGUGCGGGGCAAGAUGAUGUCCGGCCACGUGGAGUACCAGAUCCUGGUGGUCACCCGGCUGGCUGCCUUCAAGUCGGCCAAGCACAGGCCCGAGGAUGUGGUCCAGUUCUUGGUCUCCAAGAAGUACAGCGAGAUCGAGGAGUUCUACCAGAAGCUGAGCGGCCGUUACCCAGCGGCCAGCCUGCCCCCGCUCCCCAGGAAGGUCCUGUUCGUCGGGGAGUCCGACAUCCGGGAAAGGAGAGCCGUGUUCCACGAGAUCCUGCGCUGUGUCUCCCAGAACGCGGAGCUGGCUGCCAGCCCAGAGCUGCUGGAAUUCUUAGGCACCAGCUCCCCAGGGGCGGCAGACCCCAGCAGCAGAGGUGUCUCUGUCCUGGACACAGGCGGCCAGGCCGGGGACGAUGGGGAGGCUUUCGACUUCUUCCAGCAGCAGGAAGGCGCGGAGCGGCCGCCCACCCCCCGCCAGGAAGAGGACGCAGGGAAGUCCUCGGAAGAGGAGGAGGCACUGGACCCUCUGGGCAUCAUGCGCUCCAAGAAGCCAAAAAAAUGCCCCAAAGUAGCUGCGAAGCCCAGACCCUCGCCACGGCUCACCCUCUUUGACGAGGAAGUGGACCCUGAUGCAGGGCUCUUCAGCCCAAGCAGGAAGCUCCCCGCCGGGGGCUCCGCGGAGGACGCAUGCCCCAGGGACCCCCUGAAGUUGUUUGACGAUCCUGACCUCGGUGGGGCCGUCCCCCUGGGUGACCCCUUACUGCUGCCGGCAGCACCUGCGAGUGGAGGGCCCGCGCCUCGCCUGGGCUACGGAGAGGCCGCCGAGGAGCUGUUCAGAGUUGAAGAGGACUUGGACCAGAUUCUGAACCUGGGGGCGGAGACCAAACCCCAGCCCCCGCCUAAGCCCAAACCGCCCGUGGCAGCUAAGCCAGCGCCACCCCGAAAGCCCGCUGCUCCCCCCAGAGCGGGCCCGUCCGAGGCCGCGGCCAGGCCGUCACCACCGCCGCCGCAGAUCCAGGCCAUGGACGAGAUGGACAUCCUGCAGUACAUCCGGGACCAGGACGCGCCCGGCCAGACCGCCCCCAGCCUCUUCUGACCCUCCCUGCCCUGUGCUGGCCCCGGCCGGCAGCCCCUCCCCUGUGCGGAGGUGGGGACGGUGCCUUGCAGGCCUGGACCUCUAGUGCCGAGGGGGGCAGGGUGGAAGCCGGGGUCACAGGACCCCUGUCCUAUCUGUGCCUUUUUCUCUGGCCGGUGGGGUCACGGGCCCCUGCGGGGUAUAGAGCGGGGGUCCCCAGAGGAAUUGAGCCCAGUUUCCUCAGCCACAGCAUGUGGAGGGGGAGCUGGUGGGGAUCCUGGCUAACGGGAGGUGGCCCCAGGAUGGACUGGGACGGGGAGCCCAGAGCGGCUCAUGCAGGGCAGGAGACUGUGUCCACUUGUGCCCACCGGCUCUGCCUCCUCAGCACAGGAUGGAGGGCCUGCCACCCUGGGUGGGGCUGGGGGCAGCAUGGCUCCUGGGCCGGUGGCUCUGGGAGGGUCCCCCAGGAGAGGGACGUUGAGAGGUGCCUGGGGGAGCCUGGCUGGCUGGGGCGUCCCUGAGUCCCCUCUGGUUCCCAGGUACUGAGCAGGGUGCUUUCCUGUGUCCAGUUUAGAGAUAUCAGGCCAGCCCUCCUGGGGUGUGGGUGCCCAGCAAGCCCAGGUCUUCCUCUCUUCCUUUCCCAGGGGAGACCUGGCCAGACAGACCCUGGCCCCCAGGGCCUCUGGCCAUAGAGCCAGGGCCAGCCCGCAGCUCUGAGCUGCGAUCCCCGCGCCUGCAGGGCUCGGCCGGGCCUGGGCCUGGCGUGCACCUCCUGUGCCGAGUGGGCUUUGGCAGGACGCGCUCCGGCGGCUGCUGCCAGGCCUCCCUGUCCAGCAGCAGGUGCUGCCAGGCCUCCCUGUCCAGCGGCAGGUGCUGCCAGGCCUCCCUGUCCAGCGGCAGGUGCUGCCAGGCCUCCCUGUCCAGCGGCAGGUGCUGCCAGGCCUCCCUGCCCUCCCGGGGGGAGGAGCCUUGUGCAGGGCAGGGCCAGUGCCUUAGACUCCUCCCGGACCCCUCGCCCCGCACGGCUGCUCAGGAACCCUCCGUGAAUGAAUGUUUAAUGAGCAAAGAAUACCUUUUCGUGAUCGAGUCUUCACGUUCGGACCCAGUUUUCAUGAAACAGGUGUUUUGUGAAAUGCAAUCACUCUUGUCCCUUGGCUCGUCCUGCCUGGCGGAGGCUUUGGAAGAGGGGGUGAGACCAGGACCCCAGACCUUUCCUGCUUGGGGCCAGCAGACAACCCUGAGGGAGGCCCCCUGCCCGAGCCGGGGGCUGGCUGCCAUCAGAGCCUCUAGUCCCCUGUCCCUGCACCGGGACCCAGGGCGGUGGGAGCUCUCCGUCUGACCUGUUGUGCGUCGCACUCGCCCAUCAGCUGUCCAGUCCUGGACAGGCUGUCCCUACCCUCCACCUGCGCCAGAGGGAGAGGAAAUCGGCAGGGCUGGGGGCUGGGAGCUGGAUUCCCCCUCCUCUUUGCCUUACCCAGCUCCCAGGGCCCCGUCUCCUGGCCCUGAGUGGCUCUGGGGCAGCCUCAGGCCUGUGUGCCACUCCUGUUCACUGCCAGGCCUUCCCACCCUGCCCAGCCCUGCCCACUCCCUUGCUGAAGGCAGGGGGGAUGGAGUGAUGGUGGGAGAGGGAGGCAGUUCUGCCUGGGCUCCUACCUGCCCAGUUCUCAACUCUGAACCCCAUACCAGCGCCCUGCCCCUCCCUGUCUGCCCCCCCACACACACACCUCCCACUGACCUGUGACGCACCUGUGCGGGGCUGGCCCUCUGGGGGUCACAGACAGAACCUGCCACUCAGGUGUGAGUUCCUCGGCUGCGACCCCGCCUCCUCGGCGCCCUGGUGCUCGCCAGGCAUCUCUGUUGACCUGCUGGUGAGCCAGUGACGCCAGUUCUACAAUAAAGCCUGUCGUGACUCCUUCCA